GGAGUGGAGCAGUUUGAAGUAGACUCAAUUGGUCUGAAUCGCAUUUAUUUCAUCGCUGCGACAUUUCAAGUUAUCGCGUUUUUUUAUUCUCACUUGACCUUUUGCUACAGAAGACCCGUCGAGACUGCAGCAAAACGUUUUAGAGAAAAAAGUUCUUUCUUUCAGAAUUUUAAGCGACUUUUCCAAAUGAUGUUGACAGGAGACGCACCAACAACAGUCUGAGCUGGUUUUAUUGAGAUACUUUUGGACUGCUGAAGUUUCGGGUCACCUGAGGCAGAUCUCACUUCCUCAUCGGGACUUUAUGCGCUUCGACAUCAACUGUCGGUUAUUUAUUUCGUGAAUGGGAAUUUGUCUGCUGUGGAUCAGAUGAAAACGCACUAAGGACUGUAGCCAGAUCACCUGUUAUUGCCUCAAACGUAUCGGGUUUUGCCUGCAAACAGGUACUGUAUGUGUGUGUGUGUCUAUCAGCUCUAAUGGUAGCAGCUAGAAAACAUCACCUGUGAGAGGAUUGAACCACCUCACCAUGACAGAGGUCCAGACUCCAUGGCCACAGGGCACAGAGUGUGUGGCCAGGUACAACUUCAAAGGCACAUCAGAGCAGGACCUGCCCUUCAAUAAAGGAGAUGUGUUAACGAUUAUUAUUGUCACAAAGGAUCCAAACUGGUACAAAGCAAAAAAUUCUGCAGGUCGUGAGGGAACAAUUCCAGCCAACUAUGUUCAGAAAAGAGAAGGAGUGAAAUCUGGAGGGAAGCUGAGUCUAAUGCCAUGGUUUCAUGGGAAGAUAACGCGGGAGCAGGCAGAGCUGUUGCUUUACCCUCAUGAAACUGGCCUGUUCUUGGUGCGAGAGAGCACCAACUUCCCCGGCGACUACACCCUGUGUGUGAGCUGCGAGAGCAAGGUUGAGCACUACCGCAUCGUCUACACCAACGGCAAGCUCACAAUCGAUGACGAGGGGUACUUUGAAAACCUCAUGCAGCUAGUUGAGCACUACACCAAAGAUGCAGAUGGCCUGUGCACCAAACUCAUUAAGCCAAAGCUGGAGGAGGGGACGGUGGCCGCUCAGGAUGAGUUUUCCAAGGGUGGCUGGUCGAUGAGCAGGAAAGACCUCAAGCUACAGCAGGUUAUUGGAAAAGGAGAGUUUGGAGAUGUCAUGGUGGCAGACUAUAGAGGCACUAAAGUAGCUGUGAAAUGCAUAAAGCAUGAUGCUACAGCACAGGCCUUUAUUGCAGAGGCUUCUGUCAUGACGCAACUAAGACACGAUAACCUGGUGCAGCUGCUUGGAGUGAUUGUAGAGGAGAAAGGGAGUCUGUUUAUAGUUACUGAGUACAUGGCCAAGGGCUGUUUGGUUGACUACUUACGUUCCAGAGGCCGGACAGUACUCGGUGGAGAUGCUCUCCUAAAUUUUGCACUAGAUGUCUGUGAAGCCAUGGAGUACCUGGAAAUCAAUAACUUUGUCCACCGAGACUUAGCAGCCCGCAAUGUUCUUGUGUCAGAAGACAACAUGGCCAAAGUCAGUGACUUCGGUCUGACCAAGGAGGCCUCCUCCACUCAGGACACUGCUAAGCUGCCUGUGAAGUGGACAUCGCCAGAGGCCCUCAGAGAAAAGAAAUUUUCCACCAAAUCAGAUGUUUGGAGCUACGGUAUUUUGCUUUGGGAGAUUUACUCUUUUGGCCGAGUGCCUUACCCGAGAAUUCCAUUAAAAGACGUUGUGCCUCGAGUGGAGAAGGGUUACAAAAUGGACUGUCCAGAUGGCUGUCCUGAAGUGGUUUAUAACAUCAUGAAACAGUGCUGGAACCUGGAUCCUGCUGCUCGACCAAGCUUUCAAAUGUUGAAGGAGUGGCUACAACAUAUCAACCAAGGGAUGAUAAAAAAACAAUGAGAAUCUCACAGAACCCACACAAAAAGUGACUUUCCUCUUCCUUCAUUUUGACCACUUGGACCAUAACCUAGGAGGAAAAAAGUGAUUUCAAAAGACUGCUCUUUCAAAGUUCAUGAAAAAGUUUGCUUUCACACAUUGUUAAUGAACCGUUAAGUAAAACUGUCAACAUUAUGUUUCUUAGCAUCAUCCCUCACCUCAGGUUGUUUAAACUGCAGUGACUCUUAACUACUGGUUCAGUUGCUCGAGUGAGUUUUUCUGUUCUCGGUUAUCAAGAGUGAAUGAUUAAUUGUCAUAUUGACGAGUCUUUCCUUAGAAAACACCGCUGCCUCCGAGCCACAGUGCCUUGACCUUUUUUAAUAGAUAUUUUAUGUAUUUUAUGUUGAUAUCCUUGGUCAUUUUGGUGGCAUUAUUACAUUUUACAAACAUGUAGAAAAGACCGUAACAUAAUUUGACUAAAUUGAUCGAAUCCAUCAUAUCCGUUUAAAGAGGAGAGCAGUUCAAAUGUAGGAAAACAGUUGUGAUACACCAUUACUUGCUGUAUUUUUACAGCUUCCAGGUACACCUUUUUGGAUGAAUGUUGAAUAAUUUAGUUAAAAGGAUUAAGUUUAAAUAACUUUGAUUAUGCAGCUUCAAUUUUUUCAUUGCCAUAUGAUUUGAAAUGUGUUUUGAUCCCUCUAUAAGUCAAAAAAGGAAGCACAAGUUUUCACCCUUACUACUGAUAUAAUAACAUCAUUCAGCUCAGUCAUCUAGACAUAAUUUCAAUGUACAGAAUUUUCCCUCCAACAUCAACAAAUAUUUUCAUUUUUUAAUCUUCGGAUUUUACCAAAUUUUCUGGAUUUUGUACGUAAUGAGAAACAGAGAGUGUUAAUAAUUUGAUUGUGCUGCCAUUUUCAACAAUAAAAAAAGAAUAUAUUUUGAAAAUUCUUUUCCAAUGGUGACUAUUUUUAGCAUCCUUUCUCAUCAAUUUGUCAAUUAGUUGAAGUACAGCUAUUUAAUAUACGCAAUAAACGUGUGCAUUAAAGCUUACUAUAAUGUUCCUCUAAUACUGUACUAACAAUAAGUACAGUACGAGAACUAUUCAGAGUUAUUUAUACUUAAGGGUAUUUUGUUUCUUUCUACUUCCACCACUGAUAUUUAAUGGACUAUGAUAUAUGUGUUUUGUUCCGCAAAGAAAAUACAUAAUAAGAGGCAUUAGAUUAAUAUAUUAAGGUAAAAAAAAAAAAAAAGCUAAAAUGUCACAUGGCGGGCUUACUUUCUUUAAGCAUUGCAACGCUUUUCUUUAUUUACUUAUUUUAUGAAAGAUAUUGCUGAUAUCAAUUGCAGUUUACAAGCAAGGAAACAAUGCCAUUAAUGGCAAAGCUUCCCUAUUUAAGGACAGUGAGAUGGUGGCUAUAUGUUAAUUUUCCAUUUCUUCAAAAUAAAAAGCAAACAAA